GGAAUCGAGUCAGUUCGAUUCAUGUCAUCGUGAAGCGUACAUACGUUCUUCUUGAACUGAUAAUUUCCAGUGUGGAAUUUUCAUUUAAAAAAAGUUAUUGAAAUAACAAAUUAAAAUGCGGUGUUUUGCACUGCUAGUGAUAUUUAUUGUAUUUGUAGAUUUCGUGACUCCAGAUCUACCACAAUCGCGCUACAAUGUUUACACAAUCGUUGCUCCACAAAAUAUUCGCUCACAUACAGAUUACAAAGUGUCAAUAACACUUCAUGACUAUAUUGAACCGGUUACUGUUCGAGUGGCCAUUGAAGAUGGUAUUAAAUACAAAAAUGAAGCGAAUAUUACAAUAAGUUCAAGCAAAACGGAACUGGUCACAUUGCGCAUUGAUAAUUUAGAAAAUAGGGGUUAUAGAUUUGUAGCUGAAGGUUUAUCGGGAAUGAAUUUCACUGAAAUGGAGAAUUUAAAAAUCGAAUCUAAAGAAGUGUCACUGUUUAUUCAAACUGAUAAAGCAAUCUACAAGCCAGGCGACUCGAUUAAAUUUCGCGUAUUAAUUUUAGAUUAUAAAUUACGACCGGUGAAAUUGACACCGGAUAGUCUACUCAACGUUAACAUCGCAGAUCCCGAAAAGAAUCGCAUACAGCAAUGGCUUAAAGUGACACCAACGAAAGGUGUGUUUACGAGCGAGCUUCAAUUGUCCGAUCAUCCAAUUUUGGGUAAUUGGAAAUUCGAAGCCCAGGUUGGAAAUGAGAUCAAAACCAAAGAAAUUGAGGUGGCCGAAUAUGUUUUACCAAAAUUCGAAGUAACAAUCGAUUCACCGGCUGAUGUGUCGGCAAAAAAUGGAAAAAUUCGUGUUAUCAUUCGCUCCAAAUACACUUUUGGGAAACUGGUAAAAGGAGAAGCAGUCGUAUCGUUGACACCAAAAAACCACUUCCGUCGGAGGAUAGAUAAUACAGAAGGCGUGUUGAAAACAAUCAACGUCGAUGGUAAAGGUACAGUAGAAUUUGACAUUGACAAUGAGUUGAGGACACGUUUCUCGGAGGGCGAAACACGCGAAUACGAAUUGAAAGCCAUCGUUAUUGAAGAGUUGACUGGUCGUAAUCAAAGUGCCACGAAAACUAUCACAAUUCACCAAUCACGGUAUAAAAUCACUCCAACAGGACUCAGCCAUAAAUUUAUACCAGGACUUCCGUUCACAUUUUCGAUCGAAGUGACCCAUCAUGACAAUUCACCAGUUUUAUUAACCGAAAAGACGAAAUUGUUAACUAUCGAACAAAAAAAUGAAAACCGCACAUGUUAUGAUUUCGUGUUAGGUCCAAAAGGAACAGUUGAUAUCACUUUACAAACUAACAACGAUAGUUUCGACUUGAAAGUAAAAUAUAUUGAUGAAGAGUACGAUUUGGGUUAUUUCCAUCCAUAUUCAUCAGGAGUCGAGUUGAAAGUAAACAUCUUGACCGAACGGCCAAAGCUGAAUGAAAAUGUAUUAGUCGAGGUGCAAUCAAAUUAUUUGCUUCCGAAUUUUACUUAUCUUAUUAUUGGCCAUUUCGGAGCAGUGUACGCUGAAAAUGUUAAUGUGGACAGCAAAAGUCACACAUUCAAAUUCAAUGCAACGUUUGAUUUGGUUCCAAAAGCAACAGUGAUUGUCUAUCAUUUAAAAGAUAACGAAAUGGUUUCCAGCAAGACUGACGUAGCAAUUGAUAGUAAUUACGUAAAAUUAAAACUAUCAACCGCAGAGACACAACCGGGCAAAGAUGUCAACAUUGAUGUUACCACAAAUCCAGAGUCACGUGUCGGUUUGGUUGGAGUUGAUCAGAGUGUGUUGCUAUUGAAGAAAGGCGACGGACUUUCGAGAGAUGAUAUAAUGCAAGAAAUGGACGAGCAUCAGAAACAUUUCUUUAAUGCUGGAACAGGUCCAUGGAGCGUUGCAUGGCGAAAUCAUUAUGAAGAUUUUUUCAAUGCGUUCGAUGACUGCAAAAUGAUUCUUAUCACCAAUGCGAAACAAAGAAGAUUUGAAUUGUGGCUCAGUUCAGACCGUUUUUAUGAUCGUAUUUUACAUGGAUCAGAUUUAGUUGAUGUUCGUUUUGGUGAAUAUUCGCCAAUGCCUUUAUCAUCAUCACAAGCAUCAUCAUCUAUUUUUCAACAUUCUGGAGUUGCAUAUAGUGAGAUGUCGCCAAAAACUGAAAUUUCAGCACCAAUUGAACCACCAAGAGUGCGUAACAUAUUUCCAGAGACUUUUCUAUGGGAAGAUUUCGAUGUGAACAAUGCAAAUGGAAGUCUAACGCUCACAAAAAAAGUGCCUGACACAAUCACUUCAUGGAUUAUCUCGGCAUUUUCCAUUAAUCCGAGUGUUGGCUUGGGCUUGACUAUGAACCCAAAAUCAUUGAAAGUACUUCAACCAUUUUUCGUGUCUCUGAAUCUUCCAUAUUCAGUGAAACGAAAUGAAGUUGUUGCUAUUCCGGCGGUUUUAUUCAAUUACUUAGAAACAGAUCUAACUGCUGAACUCACGCUACAUAAUGAAAAUGGUGAUUUUGAGUUUGUUGAUGACAUCGAAGGUGAUAAAACAUUGCGAAAGCGUCAAGUUGCAGUGGCAUCAAAUGCCGGCGUCUCUUCAACGUUCCUUGUCCGAUUUACUUCAGUUGGUAAGAUUACAUUAAAAAUUACAGCCACUUCUGCAGUAGCUGGCGAUGCGAUCGAACGUGUUCUUCAAGUUGAUCCGGAGGGUGUUCCACAAUAUAUCAACAAAGUGUUAUUCGUCGAUUUGCGCGAGACCAACAGUUUUGAUGCCAUUCAAAAUGUCGAAGUGCCCGAGAAUAUAGUUCCCGGUUCGUUGAAAAUCAGUGUGAAUGCGAUCGGCGAUUUGCUGGGCGGAACUAUUCAAAACUUGCAUAAAUUAAUCCGUUUGCCAACUGGGUGUGGAGAGCAAAAUAUGCUCAACUUUGUGCCAAACAUAGUCGUUUUAGACUAUUUGACAGCAGUAGGUGAACUCGAUGCAUCGAUCAAAUCCAGAGCUAUCAAAUUUCUAUUGAGCGGAUAUCAACGGGAGCUUACAUAUCGUCGAAAUGAUGGUUCUUUUAGUAUUUUCGGUAAAAGGGAUUCUAUAGGUAGUACAUGGUUGACUGCAUUCGUCGCAAAAUCAUUUAUACAAGCUGGCGCCUAUAUUGAUGUCGAUAAUAAGAUUAUCGAUGAAGCACUCGAUUUCCUCAGCACACUUCAAGCUUCCGAUGGCAGUUUUCCAGAAGUCGGUAAAGUUUACGACAAAGUCAUGCAAGGAGGUUCCAGUAAAGGAGUGGCAUUAACUGCGUAUGCUGCAAUUGCUUUUUUGAAAAAUAAGAAACAAACAAACUGGAAGCAUGAGGAAACAGUGAACAAAGCCAUUAUGAACAUCGCAUCAAAUGUCAAGGACAUCGACAAUCCAUAUGCUCUAGCAAUUGCAGCAUAUGCACUACAAUUAGCCGAUCAUUCAAAUAAGGACGAAAUUUUGAACGCUCUUGUCAAUAAAACGCUCGUUGAUGGUCAAUAUAAAUGGUGGACUGCUAAGAAGCCCGGUUCGAAAGACACUCAAUCGAUAUCAAUCGAUGUUGAAAUUACGUCAUACGGUAUACUAUCGCUCAUUGAAGCAAACCGACUUACCGAGGCUUUUGCGUAUUUCAAAUGGCUUUUGGCACAGCGAAACGACAAAGGUGGCUUUUUUGGAACACAAGACACUGUAAUUGGGUUGGAAGCAUUGGCCACAUAUUCUCGCCUCUUCAACAGCAAAGAGAAUAAUGUCCAACUCAAAAUACAAGCUGAAACUAUAAAUGAAAAAGUGUUGAAUAUAAGUUCGGAGAAUGCAAUGCUUCUACAAACUGUUGAUUUACCAUCGGAUACCAGAUCCUUGCAUCUCGUCGCAUCCGGAAAAGGAUAUUCUUUGUUCCAAUUAUCUUAUCGAUACAAUCUGAAUGAAAGCGAUGUCUAUUCGAUAUUUACAUUGAAGCCCACCGUUCUUGAAACUACUUCCGGUCAUUUGAAUGUCAAAGUUUGCUCAAGAUUCAAUCCAAGGACAUCUGACGAUGAGCAUUCCAACAUGGUAAUCAUGGAAGUGGCAAUGCCGAGCGGUUUUCUGAUAGAAAAGGAUCGAUUGGAGGAAUUGUUGCAGAAACCACAUAUAAAAUUGGUAGAAACAAAACGCGGCGAAACUGUUGCAGACAUUUAUAUUGAUCAGAUGAUUGCAAAUGAGGAAAUUUGUUUAGAAAUUCAAGGAUAUCGUUUACAUAAAGUUGCCGAAAAUAAACCAGUACCUGUGCGCAUCUAUGACUAUUAUGACAGCUCUCGGAGUGCACGAGAAUUUUAUGAAAUUCCAUUCAUAACAUCUUGUGAUAUUUGUGAAGGCGACGAAUGCUCGAAGUCAUGCAAAAAAUGACCUUAAUCUGGAUGAAAUUCACAUAAAAUAUAUUCAAAAAAAGGAAUAUUAUGUUUUUCUUAAGUUGUUUUUUUUUUAAUGAAAUUC